UAGAAGUGGCUUUUUCCGAAGCUACAAUGCUAUCAAAUGAGCAAUCAACAACAAAAUUAUAUUUGUAUUUAUGUAUAAUAAUAUGCAGUGAUUGUGUUUAGUCAUUUAAAGACCAUUAUAUACUAACUAGGUGGCCCAGUUUCAGUUUCUACAAAAACCGGAAGUGAAUUAUUACUUCCUCCAUUUUGGUAGAUUAGCAUAAAAUAUCAUGUUUGCUAGUGGUUUAUUGAAUAAUCUGAGGACUGUAUGCAAUCUAUCACGUCGUUUCAUACACAUUGGAGAAACAGCGGAGAUAACUAAGACAUUCACAGCUGAAGAUGUGAGGCUGUUUUCUGAAAUUAGUGAAGAUAGAAACCCAGUACAUUUGGAUACAGAAUAUGCCAAAACAAGUCAAUUUGGACGAUGUAUUGUACAUGGAGUUCUUUCGAAUGGGUUAAUAUCGUCUGUAUUGGGUAAUAAACUUCCUGGUUUCGGAACGAUAUUCAUCUCUCAACAAAUCGAGUUCCCCAACCCAUUGUAUGUUGGGGAGGCUGUUACAGCGAAAGUUGAAGUUCUUGAAAUAAGAAAGCGUCUAGUCACAUUCCAAACAAUAUGCUUUAAACCUGAUGAUAAGAAGGUUGUGUUACAGGGAACUGCUAAAAUUCUAUUGCCAAAACCUCCUACCAACAGUACCAAGCCUGCCAGCUGAUGCCAUAGAAACUAUAGAUGUCAGCUGAUAACUAGAUGUACAAUCAUUUUGCUCAAAUUUAAAUUGUCAUAAUGGGCUUGAGGUCCAGGACUUAAAAUUGCAAGCUUUUAACAAUGGACAUGAACGUAUGACUCUUCAAGUCAGUGCUUUUAUCAAUAUCCUGCUAUCAAUGCUAUAUAAUUUUUGAAUACCUUUCUUCACCAGCCACAAGUGAUAUAAGAUAAUAUGUAGAUGCUCCCAAGCCAAGCGGGCAGUUUCAUCCAUUUAAAAUAAAAUAGACAUGUUCAUCACAUUAGAUCAGCUCUUAUUGAUUGCUUAUUGACAAACAAGUCAGAAGAAUAUCAAAAAUAUUUAUAGUAAUUUUGACUAUUUUAUAUUAUAAUAGUUUGAGUUUACCUGAUGAAGAUGUAUAAAUACAUCGAAAAUUCGUAAAUCUCGACAUUUUGUUUUGUUUUGUUUUUAACACUUAUAAACAUACAACGUUAUAAAAGUACAAUAACGUCAUUUCAAAGGGCAGUAUAGUGAAAUAUUGGACCG